AGAAGAAAAGAGUGAAAGAGAGGGAGAAGGUCAAGGAGAAAGAGAAGGAGAAGGAGAGGAAGAUGGCGAAGGAGAAGGUGCAGAUGAAAACUAAGCUAAAGGGGAAAGAGAAGGAAGUCAAAGUGGAGCCAGUGAUGGAGUCAGCUCUGUGUGUGUCCAAGCGGCUGCCCCUGCACCCUGACUAUCAUACCUCUAUACCCUGCCGUGCCCUUCAGAGCUCUGUGACCACCAGUGCCAAGGUCAUACGCUGUGCCCUCAUUGCCGUCGCGGCUGUGAAUAAGGACAGGAGCAGCCAGUCUACAGUCCCAAAGACCACAGUUAUAAAGCUGCCUGGCCCCAGGUCAAAGCUCCCAACUCCACUAUCCAUGUGGAAGUGAGUCUGCCCAUACCCACCUAGAUAUACAUAAAAACCCUCAGAUCUGAUAUGGAGAGAUGCCAAUAGGGAAUCAAGAAUAGUACCUUUAUUUUUAAUAUCACACCUCAUUGGCUUUAGCUAAGUAAUCAGGCAUAUUUUUAUAAAUUACUUUGUACUGAAAGUGUGAUAAAUAUAAGGUAGGCAAUAAAAUAACACAAUGGGUCCUCACAAUUUACCUGGAAUAAUGAAAGUAGGCAAAGGAAAGGAAAAAUAAGGCUGGAUAUGGUGGUAUACAGGAAGUUGUACUUAGAGUUAUUCAACAAGAUACUUGAAUAUGGUGUGAUAGAGAGGGAAUGGGUGAAKAGGGGAUAAACAGAGAAGGAUCUGGUCAGGAAUAAGACCCACUUUGAUGARUAUUGAAGUUCUCCAUAUUUCAAAUGAGAGAUGGGGUGGUGGGGUGCUUGGAGGUGACUGSAUCAUUGAAGAUGCAUUGAGAGUAUUUACAUUUCUGUGUCCCAACUGUACACAAAACAAUAAAACCAGUGAUCUUUCAGUUGUGUUUAAAAUUGUGUGGCUUUUGUUAAAUAAGUGUGACCAACUCACUCCUCCACUACUGUACUGUAGCAGCUAGCGACUACAACAACCAGAAUAAAAUACUAUUUGGGCAAGAAUCCCCGGAUGAAAUACCUGCUACAACGAAAGGAGGGUGUCCCCAUUAUUAUUUUUUGUGAACAAAGGUGCAAUGCACUUUCCGAACUGAGAUGCAGCAAUACGAAGCGUCUAGUCUGCCGGGAAACCACACGAAGGAGAAGAAGAAGAAGAAGAAGAAGAAGAAGGAGGACAAGAAGAAGAAGGAGGAGGACAAGAAGAAGAAGGAGGAGGAGGAGGAUGAGGGCGCGAGUCAAAUAAGCGGAACCCUAGUCGCCAGUGUGGAUGAGGGAAGCAUGCAGACCAUAAAGUGUGUGGUGGUGGGCGAUGGUGCCGUKGGUAAGACUUGCCUUCUAAUCUCCUACACGACAAACGCCUUCCCAGAGGAGUACAUCCCCACCGUGUUCGACAACUACAGUGCCCAGAUAAGUGUGGACAGCCGCGCCAUCAGCCUCAACCUGUGGGACACUGCUGGCCAGGAGGAGUACGACCGCCUGCGCACCCUCUCCUACCCCCAGACCAAUGUCUUCAUCAUCUGUUUCUCCAUUGGCAGCCCGUCCUCUCAUGCCAAUGUACGGCACAAGUGGCACCCAGAGGUAUCCCACCACUGUCCUGGAGUUCCAGUGCUGCUGGUGGGCACCAAGAAGGAUCUGCGUGGAGAUGUGGAGGCGGUGAAGAAGUUGAAGGAGCACGGCCUGGCCCCCACCAACCAACAGCAGGGUAAUGCCUUAGCCAAGCAGAUCGGCGCCGUCAAAUACCUGGAGUGCUCAGCUCUGAUGCAGGACGGUGUGAGGGAGGUGUUUGAAGAGGCCGUGCGAGCUGUGCUCUACCCCGUUACCAAGAAAAAUGUCAAGAAGUGUGCUGUGUUAUAACUAUGUGCCUAGACUAGGGGGACUGGGGGAAGAGACUCACGAUUGGCGCUGCCAUUUUGGCUCCCAAUAUGCCUUUCACGUUCUAACCCUCACCACUUGUUAGCAUUGCCUGGCUUCAAUAUUAAUUGAUUGUUUGUCAAGAGGUCCUCAAUUGAUGCCAACAACCUUCCUAUGGAUUUUUUUGUAUCUCUGAAAUCAAAACUGCAGCGACGAUGCUAAGGGAUUUCAAUGGUGCCUUCUCAGCAACUUGCUGCCUUGUCCUCACUGGCUGUAUGUUUAAGAAGAUUACAAUUGAUUUGACACCUUUGCUUUUSUCCUUCAUCAGGCCAGUCUUGUAAUGUGUUGGUCUUUUUCUGUGAACUUUGCCCUUGUUGUCAUCUGAUGUGAUUCACAGGAAUGUUGUGUCAAUCAGUAGCCACUGUGUUAAACAUUAUGUUCAUCCCUCUGUGCCAUUACAGUAAUAGUUGUAGUGUGGAUUGUCAAUAAGAUAGUUUGCCUUUAACGUUGUUCAUAAGCCAGGAUCACAGGAUAUCUGCCGAACUAGCCUUGCUGGUAUGAGACAAGCAAGGGUGUAUGUAUGACACUGUCAYCCUGAACACAUGCACACUUUGAUUAGAACAGUCUGUCUCCUAUUGCUCUGUUACUCACACUCCUCUCUCUUACUCUGUAAAACCAUGAGCUUGCCAUUCCGCACAAUGCUUUGUCAAAACAAAGUCCUGAUUGUGUCAGUGAAUACAGAUUGGGUAGCUGCUAAGUAAACAGAUGCCCUAAAGAUUAAUGUUAUUUUUGUAUUGCUGGUGGGACAAAUCAGGAAGCAAUAAUUUGAGUGUUUAGUGAUUAACCCCCCCCCCACCACCACCAAAAAAAAGUCUAACUCUCAGUCAGCUGACCUGCUUAUGGGUGGUCUUUAUUUUUUGUCUGAAGGCAAGCAGAAACCACAAGUAAACUGCAUUCUAUGUUCUAUUGUAACUAACUGAAAUCGGUGCUGAAUAAUGCUACACAUUAGGAUGUCAUAAAAGUUGUUUAGCGUUACUGCCCUCAUUGAGGAACGCGUGUUGAAGGUACCACGUAUCARCAGUAAUGCUGCUCAUUCCUGGCUAACUGUUAACUUAUCUAAGUGUAAUGGCAAGUAUGUAUGGCUAAUACUGCAACAGGAGCUGCAAUCCUAACAGUUCCUUGUGCUGCAUGAACAUGCUUGUUGGAGAGUGGAAGGCAUAGGCCUACAUUUUUACCCAAACCACUCUAGCAGGGUUUUUUUCAGUGUCUGGUGGUAUUAUUGGUAUGAAUGGUUCUGUCGUGUGCCUCAUCCCUUUGUGAUGUCAUAUGGGAUCUSUAAUGAGUUGAUGUGCAGCUUCUGUAAUUAAGGGCCACAGGGUCUGCUGGUUUUUCCCAUCAGACUGCACCACUAAAUUGAAUGUGAAGUAUUGCAUUUUAGGUAUAAUUCAUAGUAAAUUUGCUGACUGGACAAUACAUGUGGUGGAAACCUGCAGAGUCUGUAGCACUUGAGAACUGAAGUUGCACUUCCUCUAUGUGGAAGUCUUUGCCUUCUCAAACAGAAGGAAUUAAUUCCACCCUAACACUGACUGAUAACAGAUUGGUUCUGGUGGAAUGUAAUAGUUUUUUUUUACCAGAAACCUAUGAAAUGUACAUCUAAUUGCCAAAAUAAAGGAAACACUUGAGUAAAUGAGGAAUAAAAGUAUAUUGAAAGCAGGUUCUGCCACACAAGUGUGAUUCCUGAGUUUAUUAAGYAAUUAACAUCCCAUAAUGCUUAAGGUCAUGUGUAAAAAUGCCCAGUUGCCUGUUAUUUUGGCAACCAUGGCUAGAAGAGAUCUGUUACUUUGAAAGAAGGGUCUCAAAUGAGCAUGGGGGUUUAAAGGAUGUGUGUGUCAGUCACCAGAUCUCAACCCAAUUGAACACAUGGGAGAUACUGGMGCGGUGCCCAAGACUGCAUUUUCCACCACCAUCAACAAAACACCAAAUUAUGGAAUUUCUCAUGUAAGAAUGGUGUCCAAUAGAUUUCCAGACACUUGUAUAAUCUAUGUCAUGCUGUUCUGGUGGCACAUGGUGGCCCAACGCCCUAUUUAGACAUUUUAUGUUGGUGUUUCCUUUAUUUUGGCAGAUACCUGUAUAACAGGUUAUAAUGGUUCAAUUAAGUAUUUUUAAGUAGGCCUACAUAUUCCCUUAUGUCUUUGGCGCUCAAUGCCAUUCUGUACUGCAGACUAAAGAGGCUUGGUUGUGGUAUUUAUGAUCCAAGAGAGACAUUUUGGUAUUCAUUUUAUAUUCCAUUUAAUUCCAGAUACAUGUGUCAUGGUCUUUACCUUUAUGUGUAAAGACUCAACUUUAUAUAUUUUUGAUUCAAUCCUUUUUUACAAUGAGAAGUCAAUGUGUGUACUGUACAAUAAAUAUUUCMGAUAAACGAUUACCUUACCUUUA